AUGAAGGGGACCGGCACUGAGGCAGGACUCCCGUCCCCUCCUUCCCUCCCUCCCGCCUCGUGGCCGCUCACCUUUGGAGCCAGUGGGGGAGGAGAUUUUCCGCGGGCGCGCUCGGAUGUCGUAGAUGAUGGGAUACUGGAACCAGGGGAUCCUGCGGGAGGCGGAGAGGCGUUACGGGCGCGGGCACCCGUGGGGCCAGGAAGGGAGCGGGGGGGCCGUGCCCUACCUGAAGUGCAGCCCCUCGGCCAGGAUGGUGUCCUGCUGCACGCCGCCGAUGCGGUUGAAGAAGAUGGCGCGCUGGCCGCCCUCUCACUGCGAGGAGAGAGCGGGGGCUCGAAACGCGGCGCCCGGGAGCGCGCCACGCCCUCUCGCCCCGGCGCUGCCUUCCGGCGCGGCGGGGCGAGCGCGUCCGGAAGCGCGUCCGGCCGGAGCCAGAUAGAGAGGCGCGGCCCCGGGCGCCAUCUUGGGUGGCGGGCGGACGGGGCGGGGCGGGGCCGGCGGGCGGAGUGGCAAAAUGCGGCGCCCAGGCGGCCACGUGGGGGACGCGAAGGGGGGGUGAGAGGAUGAAGGGCUCCCGCUGAAGCGAAGCGGCCCCGCGGGCAGCGGCGGCUCCUGGUGGUGCUGGAGGGGGCGAGUCUGGAGACUGUGAAGGUUGGGAAGACGUUCGAGCUGCUCAACUGCGACAAGCACAAGGCGCUGCUGCUGCGAAUCGGCCGGGACCCCGGAGAAGUGCGGCCCGACAUCACCCACCAGAGUCUCCUGAUGCUCAUGGACAGCCCCCUGAAUCGGGCUGGUCUCCUGCAGGUUUAUAUCCAUACCCAGAAGAACGUUCUAAUUGAAGUCAAUCCCCAAACCAGAAUCCCAAGAACUUUUGAUCGGUUCUGUGGUCUUAUGGUUCAGCUGCUGCAUAAGCUCAGUGUUCGAGCAGCUGAUGGGCCUCAGAAGCUGCUGAAGGUGAUUAAGAAUCCAGUCAGUGACCAUCUGCCCGUGGGCUGUAUGAAGAUUGGUACCUCCUUUGCAGCGUCAAAAGUGACGGAUCUGCGUGAGCUGGUUCCUGCAGCGGAGCCAGUUGCCAUUGUAGUGGGAGCUUUUGCCCACGGUUCGGUCAAUGUUGACUAUACAGAAAAGAUGGUCUCCAUCAGCAACUAUCCCCUCUCUGCUGCCCUGACGUGUGCUAAAAUUACUACUGCCUUUGAGGAAGUCUGGGGAGUAGUAUGAGCUGCUGCUGCUACUGCUGUCAUGGUGGACUUCUGUACAGUGACUCCACGUUCCAGAAAGGCUCUCUUACUUAGGUGUGGACCUGGUGCAAGUUUCUGCUCUUGGAAAGAAAAAGCCUUCAACUUUGUCCUUGUAGCUUCUGGAGCACUGAGACUUUAAACGGACUGCCUCACUGACCCUUUUUCCUCCUAUUAAAUGUAUCUUUUGAUUUAAAA